AUGACGGCGGUGGCAUGCCAUAAUCUUGAGUUUGGAAGAACAAUGUUGGAUUUUCUGGCCUGUGGAUGCUCUUCAAAUGCCUCUUUUGACCGAUUUUCUGUAAGGAAUUAUGCUAAGGGAGCAGUUAGAAAUCCCAAUAGAGGCUAUAAAGCUCGAAAAUUGUUGAGUUUUCAGCCUGAAAUUGGUCCACGGACAAAAACUUCAGGAGCUUUGCUCAAAGGGGUUACAGCAGAUACUCCACAAGUGCUAGACUUGAAGAAAGAAUCAAGAAGCCCUGCUUCGCUGACAAAUUUGUUUGAAGUAGUUGCUGAAGACCUUCAAACGCUGAACAAAAAUUUGCAGUCAAUUGUUGGUGCAGAAAAUCCAGUAUUGAUGUCUGCUGCUGAACAAAUCUUUGGGGCUGGUGGAAAGAGGAUGAGACCAGCUUUAGUUUUUUUAGUAUCAAGAGCCACUGCGGAAAUUGUUGGCUUGAAGGAACUGACAAAAGAACAUAGACGGCUAGCCGAGAUCAUUGAAAUGAUCCACACUGCAAGUUUGAUACAUGAUGAUGUAUUAGACGAAAGUGACAUGCGAAGAGGAAAGGAAACUGUGCAUCAAUUAUAUGGUACAAGAGUGGCAGUACUGGCAGGUGAUUUUAUGUUUGCACAGUCAUCAUGGUACCUGGCCAAUCUGGAAAAUCUCGAAGUCAUAAAGCUUAUCAGUCAGGUGAUUAAAGAUUUUGCUAGUGGUGAAAUAAAGCAGGCAUCUAGUUUGUUCGAUUGUGACGUUCAACUGGAGGAAUAUUUGAUCAAGAGUUAUUACAAAACAGCCUCCUUGAUUGCUGCUAGCACCAAAGGAGCCUCCAUUUUCAGUGGGGUCGACAGUUGUAUUAGCGAGCAGAUGUAUCAGUAUGGUAAGAACUUUGGUCUCUCCUUCCAAAUCGUUGAUGACGUUCUGGACUUCACUCAAUCAGCCGAGCAACUGGGAAAACCGGCAGGAAGUGACCUGGCAAAUGGUAACCUAACUGCACCAGUGAUAUUUGCACUAAAGAAAGAAGCAAGAUUGAGGGAUAUAAUUGAAUCUGAAUUCUGCGACACCGGUUCUCUCGAAGAGGCCAUUGAGAUUGUGAAAAGAUGUGGAGGAAUACAGAGGGCACAAGACUUGGCAAGAGAGAAAUCUAAUAUAGCAAUUCAAAAUCUUCAAUGCCUCCCUCCGAGUUCAUUUCGUUUAGUUCUGGAAGAACUGGUGAAGUAUAACUUGGAACGAAUAAAAUAA